CAGCCCCCCUAGGCCACCGACUUCUUCCUCCUUUGAAAACCAGUAGAAGACUUGAAAUUUCUUCUUUCCUUCUUGUUCAAGAACUGAUUUUGGGGCUUAGAACUCUCAUUAAACCCAGAAUUUUCCCCAGAUCUGCUCGGUCUCUUCCUCCCCUGUCCAUCGGGUUCUGCUGGGUUUGAAUCCUUCGGCUUUUUCUGUUUGCCGUGAGUUUCCCCCCCCCCCUGGAUCCCGUCGGCUUCUUCACCAGCCAAGCUGGGGUUCUGCUGGCUGGAAUUCUGGUAAGUUGCCGGCUUUUCCAAGCUUAAAAUUACCCAUUUAAUUGCUGGGUUUUGUCCAUUAGUUGAUGCUCUGUGUUGUCCGAAUCUGCUGGGAUAGGGGAUGAAUUUGGUAGCCCUUUUAAAUGUGUUUGUGCUUGGUUUAUGUAGGAAUUUUGUUAAUUGGGCUGUUGUGAUGUUGUGUAGGAGUAAUCCCGUGACUUAGCCAUUGUUGGCCAAAGCCGUGGGUCUCCAUUGCUUGUCCGGGAAAUUGGAAUGAAUUUUGGUAGCUUUAAGCUAUGUUUUAAGUGUGGUUUAAGUAGAAAAGUAGCUUGUUAUGAUUGUUGUGAGAUUUGGAGAGAAACCCCGUGAAUUGGCUAUGUUUUGCCCAUUUUGGAAGUUGAAGUUACUGUUCACGGUACUGUUCAUAGGCACUGUUCACAUGAUGUCCGGUUAUGUGGAGAUUGAUAGAAAUGGCACUGUGACUAGGGGUAGUGCUAAUGAUGAUUUCACUGUGAAUUUGUGGUGGUAUGGUUAUUAAUUGUGGAAUAUUGUGAUUAGGUUUUGAUCGUUUUGUCACCGUAGCACUUGGGUUAGCCUUCUGUUAUGUGCGAGUAAGAAAGCGAAACCGAGGACGGGGAAAACCAAGGGGAGUGACGAGUUAGAAGGCUAUAGAUUUGAGAUGUAGAUCGUGAUCUUAAGAGUUAGAGUGUAUGUGGAGAUUUUUGAUAUCAGAGCAGACUGUAAAGAUUUUAUCUUGAGAUUUUGAGGUAUCAGAUUGUGAUUUGAAUAAGUUUCGAGCCUCGUG